AUGGAGGGAGAUCUUCACAACAGUAUGGUUGAAAAGACCGGGAAAGGGCAGGAGGUAGAUAUGGAGGAUGGAGGAGGGGAGAGGGGCAACUGGUCCGGAAAACUCGACUUUGUGCUGUCCUGCGUGAGCUACGCCGUGGGUCUUGGUAACGUCUGGAGGUUUCCUUUCCUGUGCUAUGAAGAUGGUGGAGGUGCUUUUUUGAUUCCCUACGUGAUAAUGAUGCUUGUAGUCGGGUUGCCAAUCUUCUACUUGGAGAUGGCAAUGGGGCAGUUCUCCAGCCUAGGAUGCCUUAGUGUUUGGAAGUGCACUCCUAUAGCUAAAGGGCUUGGAUUUGGUAUGAUUACAAUGACAUUCUUCGUUGCCACUUUCUACAAUGUCAUCAUCGCCUACGCUCUGUUCUACCUCUUUGCCUCAUUCACAAAGGAACUGCCAUGGAAGACUUGCGACAACUACUGGAACACACCCAAUUGUAGAGUCACCAAGGCCAGUGACAACUCUGUGAUCAACGACACCUUCUUCAAUGACACAUUUGUCAAUGACACAAGUGACACUUACGACAUCGCGAGUGGAACUGCAAGUUUAAGUGACAAUGACACAACUUCGAACGGUUCUUUUGUUGCGAUUCGACCUAGCGAGGAGUACUUCUAUAACCGUGUUCUAGACAUGUCAGACGGUAUAGACAAACUGGGUGAGGUGAAAUGGGACCUGACGCUGUGCCUCCUACUGGCUUGGCUCAUAGUCUUCCUGUCUCUAGCAAAGGGAAUACAGUCAUCUGGAAAGGUGGUGUAUGUGACGUCAACCUUCCCUUAUUUUGUUCUGGUGGCCCUCUUUAUCCGUGGUAUAACACUUGAGGGCGCUAUAGAUGGUAUCGUUUUCUACAUGAAACCCGAUCCUGUGAAGCUUCUCUUACCCAAGGUAUGGCAAGACGCUGCAGUACAAGUAUUCUUCUCUCUCGGUUGUACGUUCGGCACACUACAUACGCUAUCAAGUUACAACACGUGGCAUCAGAACAGUCAUAAAGAUGCUGUGAUCGUAGCUUGGCUUGACUGUUUCACUAGCGUCUUCGGCGGGUUUGUUGUGUUCUCUGUGCUGGGAUUUAUGGCGCAUGAUGCCGGUACGACGGUGGAUAAAGUCGUCGCUUCUGGGCCCGGGCUUGCAUUUAUCGCCUACCCCGAAGCCAUUGCAAGAAUGCCACUAGCACCUUUGUGGUCGAUCUUGUUCUUUAUUAUGGUCUUUAUGCUUGGGAUUGGAAGUGAGUUUACAUUAUUCGAAGCAAUCAUCACAGGCUUAGUGGAUGAAUUCGAGGGAAGCUUCAAGAAUCUACGCAAGUACAAGACGCUGCUCACCCUUAUCCUGUGUGUCGUCUGCUUUCUUCUUGGGCUACCCAUGGUUACACAGGGUGGUAUACACGUCGUGACACUGAUGAACGCAUUUGCUGCAAAUAUUUCCUUGCUGCUUGUGUCAACAUUUGAGGUCAUCAUUGUUGGCCAUUUCUAUGGUGUCAACAGGUUUCUGGAGGAUCUGAAAUAUAUGCUUGGUUUCAAACUCAAUUUAUACUGGAAGAUAUCAUGGUGGAUUGUCACUCCUAUUACACUCGUGGCUCUCGUCAUUUCUUCCAUUGUUGCUUAUACACCACUAACGUACGGUAAUGGCGACCCUUACCCUGAUUGGGCACUUGCUCUCGGCUGGCUCCUGACCAUAACCUCACUCUUACCACCACUCAUUUACCCUGUGUUUUACAUGUGCGGACUACAGGGAACCAUACUCGAGCGGGUACGAAUAUCUCUAAAGCCGACACCAGACUGGGGACCUCAUCUUGAUAAGCACAGAGUAGAGGCAGGUUACCAACCACUCAGGAGAAAUGAUCCGGAGGAAUGUGUUAAAAUGCUCACGCAACAAAACCUACAGAAACAGCAUGUAACGAGCAUGUGA